ACAACAGUUGUUGUCCUUGGUGCCACGCGCUGAGCUCCUCUGUGCCCAUCAUCAUGCCUCGAGGAUUUCUGGUGAAGAGGACCCGGCGGUGCUCAGCCUCCUACCGGCCCCGAAACAACAACACAUCUGUACCGUACGACGGCGACGGGAGCAGCAGCAACAGCAACAACACAGAAGCGACCAGAGUUCCGGUGAAGGAGAACUACGUGUUGAGUGUCUCCCCGUUUGACCGGACAGAUGGACUGCUCCCGGUGUUCCGCGAGGCCCCCGCCGGUGUCAGAGAGGCGUGGAGCCCGCACGUGGAGUCCGCGCUGGAGGCUGAGGCGGACCGGCGCGCGCAGUUACCGGAGACCGAGGAGCAGGUGAGCGAGGUGGACGUUUUAACUCCGGACGGUCCCGACUUCUCCUGCUUCUUCCCGCCUCCUCCGCCUCCACGCGACCUGUCGUUACCGGUGUCCUGCAGCCCCGUGAAACCGGUCGGCACGAGGAUGCUGGAGCGGCACGAGGACCCCGAGAAGCUGCCGGUGCUCCCGGGCAGGUGCCUGACGUCGUCAUCCUCCUGCCCGGAGUUACCGGAGCUGCCGUUCCUGGUGAGCUCCACACCGGCUUCUAUAGAGCGGCUCCUCGCGGGAGGCAGCAGCCGCCACCACGCGCCUUCCUACGGUAACUCUGACCCGAGCAUGACCCACGUGCACCUGUUCCCGCCGAUGACGUUGAUGAGCCCGGAGCAGCAGCACGCGGAGAGGAAACGCUCGUUCCUCGAACCGGAUCAGCGCGUGAGACACAGCAAACAGUCCGCCGGUAACCAAUCAAAGAAACCCAAAGUGAACCGGAAGCUGAACUUCGAGGAUGAGGUCACGACCUCUCCGGUGCUGGGUCUGCGGAUCAAGAAGGAGAGUCCGGAGAUGAGGAGGCAGCGGGAGAAGUGCGUGUCCACCGGGAACCAGCCGCUCCGGGAGUUCAUCUGCCAGCUGUGUAAGGAGGAGUACUCGGACCCGUUCUCCCUCGCGCAGCACAAGUGCUCCCGCAUCGUGCGCGUGGAGUACCGGUGUCCCGAGUGCGACAAGGUCUUCAGCUGUCCCGCCAACCUGGCCUCUCACCGCCGGUGGCACAAACCGCGUCCGGUGAACAACCAGGGAGCAGAGACCCCCACCAACAACAAGAGCCAGCCGUUGAAGGAGGCGCGCGGGCUCCUCCAGCACGAGCGGCCGCCGGUAGAGAUGGAGGGCAAAGAGAACGAGCUGCUGCGCGUCCACGCCAAUCAGCACCACCGGGCACCGGACAGCUCCCGAAUCAGGCGAGAACAGUCCCUGCUCCUGCUGCGCGCUCGCUCCCGGGACAGCCCCGACACCGACAGCCUCCCGCCGCCUCCACACUACGACUCCUCCCCGCCCCGGUACCGGCUCCCGGGGGAGAGCCGCCUGGAGCUGCAGCAGCAGGUGAGAGCGGCGGACAGUCCACCGCCCAGCCUGCUGCUGCUGAACGGAAACCCGGAGGAGCAGCAGCAGCAGCAGCAGCCGCCGUCUCUCUCACAUCCGCACUUACCGUUCGUCCAGUCGUUACCGGAGGAGGAGGUGUACGAGUGCCGGUACUGCGGGAAGAAGUUCCGGCGGCAGGCUUACCUCAAGAAACACCUGGCCGCGCACGAGGCGACAGCGCGAGCGUCCCCGCCCCCGUCCGCGUACGGUCAGGCGCGCGACAGCAGCCAGGUGUUCCUGUGUCACCUGUGCGGCGCGCGCUUCCCGUCGGUAGAAAUCCGGGACAAGCAUCAUCUGUGGCACGCGAUGAGGGACGAGUUACUGGCGGGAGGAGGAGGAGGGGUGUUCCACGCGCACCGGGAGGAGAGCGGCACCGGGGAGUGUGAUCAGCAGCAGCAGCAGAUCUUCACGUGCAAACACUGUCCGUCCACGUUCUUCAGCUCACCGGGGCUCACGAGACACAUCAACAAGUCCCACCCCACCGAGAACCGGCAGGUGAUGCUGCUGCAGAUGACCGUGAGACCGUAGGGACUCACACCGAAGUCAACAAGACUGUUCGGGAAAAUGACGAAUAGCCGCGGUUAGUAGUGAUAUAUUUAACUCUGGUUCUGUAGAGGCCUGUUUGCUUCAGUUGUGUUUGUAAGACAACAAGUGUAUCAGGUGUGUAACAGGAUGAGGACCGCGAUCGCCGAUUAUUGAGCAACAUGACGUGUAAGCUGUUUAACUACGGUCUGUGAUGAUGUCACACAUUGUCCACGGUGGUGACGCCACAUAAUUAAAUGUAACUGUCCACGGUGCUGAAACUGACCCAAAACCUCUGUCCGUGGUGCUGAAACCACGUCCGCAAACACACGUCAACAAGCAGGAUUGUAUUACUAUUAUCAUAUAUGAAAGGAUCUUGUUUUUAAUUUCAUUGAUUAGACAUCUGAGCAUAAUCCUUAAUCAAUGAAAUAAAAUAAAAGCAGGGUUAUUAUAAUGGCAUUUCAAGAAAGUAUCCUUUAUCAUUAAAUCUUUUAGGAAAGAAUUCAGGAUUUAAUUUGUUGUUAUAGGGGUUAAAAUCAAUCACACAAUCAUGACAGACAUUGUUUUUAUUUCUAAUCUGUACACUAGAUGAUGGACUCUUUUCAGCUUCUUAUUAGACCUGCACUCUAUGAAGAAUGUUAUACGUAUAUACGGUUCUCUCCACUCUCCACAUGUUUAAGCUCAUGUUCAGCGUAUCUCUGAUCUGUACUCACAAAGAGUAUGAGCUCUCUUUUCAGCAUCUCUUGCAUCUACUUAUGAGAUGUUUAAACUCACGUUCAGCAUAUUUCUGUGGCAAAGUAAUCAGAUUACACUGAUGUUCUGCAGCAGCGCAGUGGGUUACGUUACUGACCGGUAUUGUGUGUCUCACAGAGCCAGACCAUAAUACCUGUAAUCACAUUUAAAAAGUGACCUUCCUUCACCUGCAAUCAAUGUCCUGACUCUAGUUUGAGGACAAUUUCAUGUACAGUAAAAGAACAGUAACAUAAAAAGAGAAAAUAGUCGAUCAUCCGACCAUAAUAUGCCUUUUAUAGUAAAUGUGUCAGUUUACUUCUCAGCUAUAAAAUAUUUUCAUACAGAAAUGGAACAUGUAAUGUUAGUACUGCUCGUUAAAAUGUCCUCUGUGUUUAAUGAUGAUAAGUUACUGUUCAGAUAUCUGCUAAAUGCCUUCAUGAUGCUAAAAAUGUUAUUGUAAUGCUGAAGAGCCUAUACAGGACUAUUUUGAUAUGUGGGAAGUUGAAUGUGAAAUCUAUUCUUAGCUAUUGUCAAUAAAUGGUAACACAAGA